AUGUUUCGGCGUGCUUACACUGUUUCGGAAAGUGCCGGAUCGGUCGAUAUCGAAGUAGCAAGAACAAGUGGAUCUGAAGGAUCCUAUACAGUUUCCUGGGAGGCCAAUGAUAGAUCUGCUAGACAACCUUCAGACUAUGUUAAUGGACAAGGAACAGUCAACUUUAAGACGAACGAGAAAACAGAAAAAAUUACUAUUAAAAUCGUUAACGAUCAGGUUUACGAGCCAACAGAGUCAUUCACAGUUACCUUGACAGCCGUGAGCUCUAAUGGAGCACUUGGCUCAUUGAUCGUAGUAACAGUCACCAUCACCAACGACGAUCCGGAAUGUGGUGGCCCUUGUGGAGUUAACGCCCAUUGUGAUUCCCCUUCACAGAAGUGUAUCUGUAACGUCGGAUUCAUCCUAUUCCGUGGAUCUUGUUCCCGGCCUUGUGGAGGACCAUGUGGACCUAAUGCCCGCUGUGAUGAAACAACUAACAAAUGUGUAUGCAUUACUGGAUACUUUUUGAUACAAGGAUCGUGCAGUCGCCCAUGCGGAGGACCAUGCAGACCAAACGAGCGAUGUGACCGUAACUCCAACAAAUGUGUUUGUAUCCAAGGAUAUAGGUUAUUCCACGGAAGUUGUGUUUUGCCAUGUGGAGGACCAUGUAGUCCAACUGAACGAUGUGACUUUGACUUAAACAAAUGUGUUUGUAAAUCAGGAUUCGUGUUACACCACGGCAGUUGCGUCCUACCAUGUGGAGGACCUUGUGGCCCGAACGAACGUUGCGACAGUUCAACUAACCAAUGUGUCUGUAAUCCAGGAUACUUCCGUUACCAAGGAUCAUGUUCCUUGCCAUGCGGAGGACCAUGUAAACUCUACGAACAUUGUGACAAAGUCAAAAACCAAUGUGUCUGUAACACAGGAUACAUCCUGUUCCGUGGAUCAUGUUCACUUCCAUGUGGAGGAAGUUGUCCAUCAAAUUCUGAAUGCAUCAGCUCAGACAACAGAUGUCACUGUACCCAAGGCUUUCUAGGAGAUCCUUACAAAGGCGGAUGUCAUCGUCGAAGCGUUGUACAGUUCGCCAUAACAACCUACUCAGUGAGUGAAAGUGCUGGAACGGUAUCGCUACAACUGUCAAGAACCGUUGGGCUGUUUGGCUCAGUGACGGUGUCUUGGUCUACCCGUGAUGGAACUGCUCGUUACCCAAGCGACUUCUCUAAAAACAGCGGAGUGGCUACCUUCGGAAAUGGUCAGAGUUCGACGACAUUUUCUAUUGGAAUUGUCAACGAUCAGACAUAUGAGUCAAGUGAGAGUUUUACAGUAACUUUGUCAGUGGCGGCGUUCUCGUCCAGCGUUGUAGCAAUCGGAGAACGAAGAGUGGCCACAGUCACUAUCACGAAUGAUGACGCACCGUGUGGUGGCCCAUGUGGACCAAACGCCCGCUGUGACCUGACAACGCAGAAAUGUAAAUGUAACCCACGUUACGUCCGUUUCCAAGGCGGUAGUUGUCAAUUGCCAUGCGGAGGAUCAUGUGGACCCAAUGAAAGAUGUGACAGUGUCACUAACCAAUGUGUCUGUAUCGAUCGAUACUAUAAAUACCACGGAUCAUGUGUCAUACCAUGCGGAGGACCUUGUGGAUCAAACGCACAAUGCGAUAGAGUCAGCAACCAAUGUGUCUGUAACACAGGCUACAUCUUUUUCCAUGGAUCAUGUACUCUGCCAUGCGGAGGACCAUGUGGGCCCAAUGAAAGAUGUGACAAAGGCAGUAACCAAUGUGUCUGUAUCGAGCGAUACUUUAAAUACCACGGAGCAUGUGCCUUGCCAUGCGGAGGACCAUGUGGACCCAAUGAAAGAUGUGACAGUGUCACUAACCAAUGUGUCUGUAUUGAGCGAUACUUCAAAUUCCGCGGAUCUUGUGUCAUACCAUGCGGAGGACCCUGUGGACCUAACGCACAAUGCGACAGAGUCAGCAACCAAUGUGUCUGUAAUACAGGCUACAUCCGAUUCAAUGGAGCAUGUACUCUUCCAUGCGGGGGGAAAUGUCCAUCAAACUCAGUAUGUAGCAGUUCUGACAACAGAUGCCACUGUAAUCACGGAUUCCAGGGAGAUCCAUACCACGGUGGAUGUCAUCUCCGAAGCGUUGUAGAGUUUGGUCAACUAAUCUACACAGUGAGUGAAAGUGCUGGAACACUAUCGCUACAACUAAGAAGAACCGGUGGGUUGUUUGGCUCCGUGACGGUGUCUUGGUCUACCCAAAAUGGAAAUGCUAAUUACCCAAGCGACUUUUCCGACAACAGCGGAGUAGCUACAUUCGGAAAUGGUCAGAGUACCACGACAUUUACUAUUGGAAUUGUAAACGAUCAGACAUAUGAGUCACCAGAAGCAUUCAAAGUAACUUUGUCAGUUUCGCAACGUUCAAAUACCAACAUUGUAGUAAUCGGAGAACGAAGAGUGGCCACAGUCACCAUCAUAAGUGAUGACCCACCAUGUGGUGGCCCUUGCGGAUUAAACGCUCGAUGUGACGUGCAUUCGCAGAAAUGUGUCUGUAUUGAAGGCUACAUCUUGUACCACGGGUCGUGUCAAUUACCAUGCGGAGGACCAUGUGGACAGAACGCCUACUGUAACCAAGCAACAAACCAGUGUGUCUGUAAUACAGGAUACUUCCUCUACCAUGGAUCAUGUGCCUUGCCUUGUAAUGGAGCUUGCGUCUACAAUGCCUACUGUGACAAAGGUUCCAACACGUGUGAAUGUAACCACGGACUCGUAGGAGACCCUACAAAGAAAUGCGGAAUUCCAUGUGAUGGACGAUGUGGAUCUUUCCCUCACUCCCACUGUGACCACAGCACAAACAGGUGCGCAUGUGAUACAGGAUACGCCGGAAACCCGUACGGAAGUGUCGGAUGUGUAUGUAAUGGCGGACACAGCGGAGGAGGAGGCGGUGGUAGUUACGUCGGAGGAAGUAGUGGUGGUAGUUUCCAUGGAGGCAGUACUGGUGGUAGUGACGCCGGAAGCAGUACUGGUGGUAGUUACGCCGGAAGCAGUACUGGUGAUAGUUACACAGGAAGCAGUAGUGGGGGUAGUUUCCACGGAAGCAGUAGUGGUGGUAGUUACGCAGGAAGCAGUAGUGGGGGUAGUUUCCACGGAAGCAGUAGUGGGGGUGGUCACCAAACCGCACAUGUUGGAGACUAUUAA